AGGGACAGACAUCAGCAGAUGCCAGCCUUGCCAGCCUGCUGACCAUUCUUCAAGCAAGACUUCCACCCUUAUCUGCUGGUCCUCCUGCAAAAUUGCCACUGCUCAGCGCCUGGGCCUAUACAGUCUCAACCCAGCUCCUUGCAGGAAUACUGCCAAAGGCAGCCCAUCAGACGCACCUGUUAAGGACACAGGAAAGGAUCUCCAAAGUCUAAUAAAGGAGCGUCAUGGCUCAUAACUUCAAGCCAGUAGAGGAGUCUUCCCUCAUCAAGUUCAACGAUCAGGACUUCAACUCCUUGCGGGAUCAUUGUUUACGCAAACACCAGCUAUUCCAGGAUGACACGUUCCCUGCAACAGCAUCUUCCAUAGGCCAGAAAUUGCUCCAGGAAAAAAACCUGUACAGACUGGAAUGGAAGCGGCCACAGGAAUUGUCAGCAGACCGCCCUCACUUCAUCCUGGAAGGUGUGAGCAGGUUUGACAUCCAACAAGGAGAAGCGGGAGACUGCUGGUUCCUGGCAGCACUAGGCUCCUUGACCCAGAACCCUCCAUGUCUGCAGAAGAUCCUGCUGGCCCAGAGCUUCUCUCAUCAGUACGCGGGGAUUUUCCGCUUCCGGUUCUGGCAGUGUGGCUACUGGGUGGAAGUGGUGGUGGAUGACCGCCUGCCUGUUGUCGACAAUGUCUGCCUCUUCGUGAAACCUCGCCAAGGCAGCCAAGAGUUCUGGCCCUGCCUGCUGGAGAAAGCCUAUGCCAAGCUGCGUGGCUCCUAUUCCCACCUGCACUACGGCUACCUCCCUGAUGCCCUGGUGGACCUAACAGGAGGGGUGGUCACCACGGUCAACAUGUACUCCUCCCCUUCGGACCUGAUGAUGGCGGUGAAGAUGGCGGCCAAGGCAGGCUCCCUGAUAACCUGCGCCACGCCAAAUGGGCCAACAGAUAAGGCCCAGCGGAUGGAGAACGGGUUGGUUAACCAGCACGCCUACACAGUGACUGGGGCUGAGCAGAUUCAGUACAGGAGGACCCAGGAAGAAAUCAUCCGCCUGUGGAACCCCUGGGGCAACACAGAGUGGAGAGGGCGCUGGAGAGAUGGGUCUCAGGAGUGGCAGGAAACCCACGACCCACGGAAAAACCAGCUGUGUGAGAACAAGGAAGAUGGCGAGUUCUGGAUGUCAUGUCAAGAUUUCCAAGAAAACUUCUCCUGCUUGUAUGUGUGCAACCAAUUUCCAAUUGCCCUGGAUCAGGGAAAUAUGUUUCAUGACAGAUGGUCUCAAAUAAUGUUUAAGAACCAAGUGAUUCAAGGAAAUGCUGCAGGAGAAUCUCAGAGGAACAUGCAGUAUUUCUUCUCUGUGCAAGAGGCCAUGGGAGGCAGCAAUGUCGUUGUGUCCUUCGCCAUCAGGCCACAAAGUUUGAGUGCAGAAGACAGUCAGUUUCCACUACAAUUCCAGGUGUUUAAGAGAGGGAUCCAGAGGUUCCAGGAGCGAUUGCCGCCUGCCUUUUUUUCCGCAUUCAGAAAUGCUGCCCAAGGUGUGGAUUGUAAAACCAAGUGCAACUUCACAAGGUUCCUCCAGCUGAGCCCUGGGACCUAUGUCGUGGUCCUCUCUACACACCACGAACAGGUCGAGUUCCUGCUCCGAAUCUUCCAGAAAAUGCCCAACAGUGACAGGUACAGCAUCCAUGGGAUGCCGAAUGUUUAUAUCUCCCCAAGAGUCAUUUUCCACAGAUACGUUCAGCAGGGACCAGAGAUGGAUGCUACCCAGCUGCAGAGCCUCCUCAACCAGGAACUCCUGGAAGGACCUACCGGGGAUGUGUUCUCCUUGGAUGAGUGCCGCAGCAUCGUGGCUCUGAUGGACCUGAAAGUGAACGGACGCCUCGACCAAGAGGAGUUUGGGAGACUGUGGGUGCGCCUGGUCCACUACCAGCAUGUUUUCCAGAAACUCCAGCAGGGUUCUGGGGUGCUCCUGAGCUUGGACUUAUGGAAGGCCAUAGAGAACACAGACUUCCUUGUAGGUGUUUCCAUCAGCGAGGAGCUGCUGUAUCUCAUGAGCCUGCGGUACAGUGACAGCUCAGGUCAUGUCAGCUUCCCCAGUCUUGUCUGCUUCCUGAUGCGCCUGGAAACCAUGGCAAAGACCUUCCAUAAUCUGUCCAAGGAUGGAAAAGGACUCUACCUGACAGAAAUGGAGUGGAUGAACCUGGUCAUGUAUAACUGAGGAGAGAAGACAGCCAGUGCAGGUAAGACAUGGGGAUAUUC